GUCAAGAGCAUACCAGAUACCUUCACAUCAUUAUGCACUUAUCUGAACUCAUUCAUAUGCCCUCUGAUUGAAGAAGUGCAUGCUGAUGUCUUUUCAUCAUUGGACGGCUAUGCUCAGGCAAGCUUUAUACAAAUAAUCUGGGUGGAAAAGCUUGAUGAUGAAAAAUCAAUAUACUGCUUUGAGGUUUCGGAGCCAUCAAAGGAUCAGAAGUCAAGGCAGACAUAUGAUCCUAAGGAGGGGGACAUAAUAGUUGUAUCCUUGCGGAAACCGCAGCACGUGUCUGAUUUGAUACAAAGUAAGGCAUCAUAUGUUUUAGGUUCAGUUCUAAAAUGUGGAGGCAGAGAAGAUGAUGACUUCCCAAGCAACUGUUGUAUUGUUCGGUUUUCAUCUGCUAUUCCUGUUCAAGUUGAUCCAGAAACAAAAAUGCCUACAGGGCCAUCAUUUGCUGUUUUUCUCAUAAAUAUGAAGACUUACAACCGUAUAUGGAAGUGCCUUCGUAUGGAAGCGGAACGCCAGAACAAGAGUAGUACUGGCGUCGUCGAUCUGGUGUGGCAAUACAAGCGAAGGGUAUUGGAUGCUAGCUCGUCAUGCUCCCCGAUAUCUCAAUGCUUCACUCGUAGAUCAAUUGAUAAUCUUGGCCUUGAGAAGUUCAACCUAAAUGAUUCACAGCUCAAUGCAAUAACAGACUGUGUCUCGGCAAUUGAGAACCUUUCGCCUUCCCUAAAACUUAUAUGGGGUCCCCCUGGGACAGGUAAAACAAAAACCAUUAGUACUAUCCUGUGGGCAAUGCUCAUCAAGGGAGUAAAGACACUUACCUGUGCACCAACCAAUACUGCCGUACUGGAAGUUGCAUCUCGAAUUGUCAGGCUUGUUGGAGAGUCAUCAGAUGGCAGCCUCUGCUUUCUGAAUGAUAUUGUCCUGUUUGGAAAUAAAGAGAGGAUGAAAAUAGAUGAUAGUCAUGAUCUUUCCAUGGUUUUCCUUGACACGCGUGCAGAGCGGUUGUUGCCAUGUUUCCUACCACAUACUGGUUGGAGGCAUUGCUUGUGCUCAGUGAUAGAUCUUCUUGAGAAUCCUGUUACCAAGUACAAAUUGCACAUUGAAAAAAUUAUUGAGGAAAUGAAGAGGGAAAAAGAAAUAUCUGAAAAGGAUGGGGACAAACCCCUCCGGUGCAAGGACAGGAAGUCUUUGCCCCCACGUUAUCCUUUACGUUCCAAUCCCAACUCCAAAGAUCAUCUGGUAGCACCUCUCUCAGUGUUCCGCAAGACAAGACAUAACAGGCCUGAAGACGAGGGAGAAGAGUGCCAUGAAGAAGGAUGCUAUGACUCUGAAGCUAUGAUGGAAGCAUUCAGAAUACUGCCGUUCAAGGAUUAUUUGAAAGAUAGCUACACCAAACUUUCAAAGGAUUUGUGUUGUUGCAUUGAGAUACUGUACACCGAUCAUCCAAGAAAUUCAGAAACAGGACAGAGCUUUCAGUGUAUGCUGGAAGUGCUUGAAUUGAUAGAAAUUCUGCAUGAUUUGAUAAAUUGUUACUGGGAUAGUGAUGAUAUAUGGUCAGAUAAACUUCUCGAGGGCAAGGUAGACGAGGAUUGUAAACCUCUUUCCUGGCCUGAGAAGCUAGCCUGUGUGCGGACUAAUACAUGCAAGAAAUCGAAGUUCAAGCUGGCCAGAUCCCUGUGUGUGCAAGAGCUAAGAUAUCUUCACAAAAACUUUGAGCUACCAAAUUAUUACAGCGGGAAGCAAAUUCAGCUGUAUCUGCUGCAGAGAACAAAAUGCAUUCUCUGUACAGUUUCCAGCUCUUACAGGUUGUAUGGUGUGCCGAUGGAUAGAUCUACUACUGAUAUUGGCCAAUUACUAAAGAAGCCUGAAAAGUCAAAUCUUCUAGAGUUGCUGAUUGUCGAUGAAGCUGCACAGCUCAAAGAGUGUGAGACCUUAAUUCCUUUGCAGCUUCCUGGCAUAAAGCAGGCUGUUUUUAUCGGAGAUGAAUAUCAGUUACCUGCUCUGGUGAAAAUCAAAAUAUCUGACAAUGCUAACUUCGGGCGAAGUGUUUUUGAGAGGCUAAGUAUGCUGGGCUAUAGUAAGCACCUUCUCAAUGUGCAAUACAGGAUGCAUCCAAAAAUAAGCAAAUUUCCAGUUGUCACAUUUUACGAUGGCAAGAUAUCUGACGGUCCAAAUGUCACUACUAAGAGCUAUGAAAGGAGGUUCUUAGCAAGCAAAAUCUUUGGGUCGUACUCAUUCAUAAAUGUAGAUGGAGGACAUGAAACAACUGAGAUGCAUGGGCGUAGCCUGAAAAACACAAUUGAAGCUGCUGCAGUUUCACGGAUAGUGCAGAGGUUGUGCAAAGAGUCAGUCUCUACAGGAAUCAAGAUCUCUGUUGGUGUUGUGUCCCCAUAUAAUGCUCAAGUUAGAGCAAUCCAGGAAAAACUCGGGAAAUCCUACAAUUUGCAUGAUGGUUUCUCUGUGAAAGUGAAAUCUGUGGAUGGUUUCCAAGGUGCCGAGGAAGAUAUUAUUAUCAUAUCAACAGUGAGGAGCAACAAAGCUGGUUCUGUUGGAUUUCUCACAAACAUGCAGAGGACCAAUGUAGCUCUUACAAGGGCGAAGCAUUGUUUAUGGAUAGUAGAAAAUGGGACAACUUUGUCCAACAGCAGGUCUGUUUGGCAGAAGAUAGUCACAGAUGCCCACCAUCGAGGUUGCUAUUUUGACGCUAGUGAAGACAAAGAUCUGUCAAAUGCAGUAAUCAAGGCUGUCAUUGAGCUUGAUGAUGCUGAGAAUUUAGUGAAGAUGGACUCGCUGCAUAUAAGCAGGCCAAGGUUUCAGAACUCAACGCCUGGAAACCGUUGGUGAGAUGUCAGGAGCCCUCAAAUAGUAUGCAUUGAUCGCAUGAUGUAUUUUGUCACCGUGUCAGUCUGAAGAAACGUUCCAUCUGCAUUAUUAUGGCGCGGCUGAGUGUUAGUCAGUUUCCCUACAUUUUGUUGAACCUAAGCUUGAUGCACUCUGAUUGCUGAAGCUCAGCUGUGUUCGUUUACCAUUGUAGCACCAGACUGAUUGUCAUAGAUCGUCUAUCUUAUUUUAGAGUGCCGGUCUCUGGAUA